AGUUGCAGCUUGAGUCUGCCUCCCUGAUAGAGAAACGGAAUCAAGACCAGCUGUGAGACGGAGGCUGAAAGACACAGAGCACUUCAGAGAACCUACUUCAUAAGACCAGCAACUCGACGCCGGGUGAAAAUUACCAUCUCCGCACUGCACCUCCAGCCUCUCUCGUCUUCCUGUGGGUCUCAGCUCAGACAGGGGUCCCCUUCUCCUCGGCUCCAGCCAGAAGUCAAGGCUUGGUCUGCUGCUUCAGGUCCACCCACAACUCCACAAUGGCCCCCAGGUCUGUGCUGGAGACCAUACAAUCAGUGCUACAGAAGAAUAUGGUGCGAGAGUUUCUGGCAGAGUUCCUGAGUACCUAUGUCAUGAUGGUGUUUGGCCUUGGUUCCGUGGCUCACAUGGUUUUAGGAGAAAACUCUGGCAGCUAUCUCGGUGUCAACUUGGGUUUUGGAUUCGGAGUGACCAUGGGAGUCCAUGUAGCAGGCGGCAUCUCUGAUUCUUCACGGACCCUUUGACUCAUCGUCUUUACUAGCUGGGUUAUCUUCGGCAAAAGAUUAAGCUUCUCUUCCCGCACUUGUCAUAUGGUAGAAAUGGAGAUGGAGACGCUGUGUGCGGUCUUUUCACAGAGAACAUCCCAUAAACUCCUAUUCACGGUUGACAUUGCUGUCAUUCUGUUACUUGUUUCUUUACUUUUAUCCCUCACCGCACCCACAGGGGCCCACAUGAAUGCCGCAGUGACUUUCACCAAUUGUGCACUAGGCCGAAUGACCUGGAAGAAGUUCCCUGUAUAUGUGCUGGGUCAGUUCCUGGGCUCCUUCUCAGCUGCAGCUACCACCUACUUAAUUUUCUAUGGUGCCAUUAACCACUUUGCAGGCGGAGACCUGUUGGUGACAGGUUCCAAGGCCACUGCAAACAUUUUUGCCACCUAUCUUCCUGAAUACAUGACACUGUGGCGGGGCUUCCUGGAUGAGGCAUUCGUGACUGGGAUGCUGCAGCUGUGUCUCUUCGCCAUCACCGACAAGAAGAACAGUCCAGCACUUCAAGGGACCGAGCCCCUCGUGAUAGGCAUCCUUGUUACCGUCCUUGGGGUGUCGCUAGGCAUGAACUCCGGAUAUGCAAUCAACCCAUCCCGUGACCUGCCUCCCCGGUUGUUCACUUUCAUUGCUGGCUGGGGCAAACAAGUGUUCAGAGCCGGAAACAACUGGUGGUGGGUGCCGGUGGUGGCACCACUUCUGGGCGCCUACCUAGGUGGUAUUGUAUACCUGGGUUUAAUUCACCCCAGCAUACCACAGGAUCCUCAGAGACUGGAGAAUUUUACAGCAAGAGACCAGAAGGUAACUGCAUCAUACAAGAAUGCAGCUUCUGCAAACAUAAGUGGCUCUGUGCCUCUAGAGCACUUCUAAGUAGAGCUUCUCUUUGACCACAACCGUACUGCAAUAAAGCACACCACCUAUCAGCGGUCCCCCACUCCUUGGGAUCUCCUGCAGCUGAACUCCCUCCUAGGUUUUUCUGGGAGCUUCUGAGUUAUUCCAGCCUGGUACUUGUCGUGGAGAGCAGGCUGGCCUUGAACUUGUGAUCUUCUUGCCUCUUUCUCCUGAGUGCUGGGGAUACAGGCAUUUACUACCCUGCUUGGCAUAUUCCAGGGUGAUUCUGGGCUCUUUUCUGAGGACUAGAGCAUAGGGUCAGAAGACUCCAGCUCUUUCCAGUUCUAGGAGGUGGGGUGUCAAGGGGGAAUGUCUACUUUGGGGGCUCAGGGUGAGUGAUAUAAAGGGCUUUCGUGCAUCAGUAUGUGUGUUGGGGGAACAGUGAGAAAAAGACCGGAGGUAGCUGAUGGGAGAUCAGAUUUGGGGGUCUUUGACGGUUUUCUGGAUAGGAGUACAGGAUCUCCUGGCUUCUCCCUUCCUCUAGUUUUGAGCCAGAGAAGGUAAGGCUAAGAGUUUACAUCAGAAUUCCUCAACUUUUUUUUUUUUUUUUUGUUAAUGACUUCCUCAGUGGCCUUGUAGUUCUCCACCCCUGUUUUUCUUAAAAUUAUGUAGCCCAGGCUAGCCUUGACUGGAACUCUUAUAUAACUAAGUUUAGCCAUGAACUCUGGAUUGUCUGGCCUCCACCUCCUGAGUUCUGGGAUUACAGGUGCGCACCACCAUUCCCAGUUUAUAUGUGGUGCUGGGAUCAAACCCAAGGCCUUGUGUAUGCUAGGUAAUAUCCAUAACUAACUUAAAUCCCAGCUCCCCAGUUUUUUCUUUUCUUGUCUUUUCUCUUUCUUUCUCUCUUUCUUUCUUUCUUUCUUUCUUUCUUUCUUUCUUUCUUUCUUUCUUUCUUUCUUUCUUCUUUCUUUCCUUCCUUCCUUCCUUCCUUCCUUCCUUCCUUCCUUCCUUUCUUUUUUUUUUUCUUUUUUUGGUUUUUCAAGACAGGGUUUCUCGGUGUAGCCCUGGCUGUCCUGGAACUCACUUUGUAGACUAGGCUGGCCUCGAACUCAGAAAUCCGCCUGCCUCUGCCUCCCAAGUGCUGGGAUUAAAGGCGUGCGCCACCACUGCCCGGCCCAAAUUUUUUCUUAAUUAAAAAUUUUAAUACCACA